AUGAAAUUCAUUGUUGUGACAGAUGAUAUGAUGAUAUUUAUCGUCUCAAAUCUCAAUUCGAAAGUUCGUUGGAUGUCAUAUACGAUCAGAUUAAGAUACGUCGAAAUGGUGGGACUUCAUGUGUCGGUCUAUGUCGAUUGGAGACAUGAAGUCAAAAGAAACCACCACGAGAAACACAAAUUGAAUGGAAUGUCGAUGAAUGGAAUCGAGAGAACCACGGCAAUCAAUGAAGAUAUCGCUGUCGAAAAUAGUGAUGAGAACCGUGAAUGGCCGCUUCAAAUUCUUGCAAAAACUUUCCGAGUUGAACUAAGCGUGAGUCCUGGAAAUGAACUUGAAGCUGUGGUCGAUCACCUUGAAGCUGUUGAAUUCGAACGAGAGGAGUUCUGCAAAACGCAAGCAGAAUUUUCCAACUUUUCUCAAGCCAACUUGUGA